GUGAGAGAUGCUUCCUUGAAUGACUGGUCCUGAGACACCACGGUUGGAAAGUCAUGAGGUCAGGAAAAGCAUACCUAAUACUGAUGAUCUACUUUGACAAUGGAUGGAUUCCAGGGAGAACGAGGGCCAAAAAAUGUGGGCCUGGAUUCUACCUUGACUCGAAACGAAAGUGCAUUGAUGACAACGAGUGUGGUGAUAAUGAAUAUACUUCAUCUGCAAGGUGUGGUUCUAACACAGACUGUUACAAUACACAGGCGAGUUACUACUGUACCUGUAAGAAAGGCUUCUUCAAUCAAUUAGGAAAAACUAACUUUACCAGCCGGAUGAACUGCCAUGAUAUUGAUGAGUGUGUGACGGACCCAUGUGGUUUGCAUACAACAUGCACCAACACAUUCGGGAAUUUCUACUGCACAUGUAAUGAAGGAUUUACCAGAGAACGUACUUUUACCAAUAAAGCAAAGACUCAGUGCCAAGAAUUAAACAGGAACAACAUGAACCGAUGCAGCUUGAACAAGUUAACAGGACAGAUGUCCCAUAUUGCGUUCCGCACAUUUUGUUCAGAGAUUAAUUCCAUAAUUAAGCUGACUGAUGAGCAGUGGCAGAAACAGAGUGGAGCACUACCUUGGCAGGAAAUCAUUUCAAACUCAAGUGAUCUUCUCGGGAAUGAUUCCCUGUGGGAUGGUAUGGAAAGGGAACAGCAACUCCUUUCAGCUUUUAUUUUCCUGCAGACCAUGGAACACAGUGCCAUUGCUGCCGGUCUGAGUUUACCAGAUCAGGGAAAGAGAACAAUAUCAAGUGAAAAUAUUGAUCUGGAAGUAAGAACAUUUCGAGGGAAGAACAGUUCAGCCCAGGACAGAGUCAGUUUAUGGGCAAAAGGCAACGUGAUGGAUAUUUACCGACAGACAGUCACCGAAAGAAAAACAACUGGGACAGAUUUUGCUGCUGUGGCUUUGAUCGCCUACAAGAACAUGGAUUCCAUCCUGAACGGAAGUGUUUUCAAGCUCAGUACCACGGGUGGAAAAUUGAAGCCAUUUCAAUUGAUCUCAAACAUAGUUUCGGCCAUGAUAACUAACAGGGACAGCCAUGGACUCAAGCGAACAGUGAACUUCACUUUCAAACACACUGAGAAAGCUAUCAGCAAUUGGACAAUGUACUGUGUCCGCUGGAAUUAUGCAGCUGGAAAAAGUUAUUGGUCUCCCAGUGGGUGCAGUAUGGGCGAUUCCAAUGGAACAGACACCCAGUGUCGAUGCAAUCAUCUCUCCAGCCUCGCUUUGCUGAUGUCUCCUGUUGAAUGGCCGGUUUAUCACCAUGCUGUGGAUAUAAUAUCAUUCAUUGGGAUUCCUGUAUCACUGGUAUGUCUUGGAAUCGCCAUAGUGACAUUUGCCUUCUGCUCCAGUUUAAAAACUGCCCUACAUGCCACCCACAAGCAGCUGUGUCUGAGUCUCUUCCUGGCAGAGCUGCUCUUCCUGGCCGGGAUUGGGAGAACCAGGAACCGGGUGGUGUGUGGGAUUAUAGCUGGAUUUUUACACUACUUCUUCCUGGCAGCAUUUCUUUGGAUGUUCUUUGAGGGAGUACAGCUAUGCCACAUGAUCAAAAACAUCAGGAAUUUGGGAGUUUCCCACUCAGAGAAAAUUGGGAAGGUCAUGUACCCUAUUGGCUACGGGGUUCCUGCAGUAAUCGUGAUCAUUUCUGUGGCAGUGCGCCCUGAUGGCUAUGGGACACCCGAAUACUGCUGGCUCUCUGCAGAGGAAGGACUCAAGUGGAGUUUCCUGGGACCUGUGUGCCUGAUCAUUGUGAUCAACACAGUUCUGUUCUUCACAAUACUCUGGAUGUUGAAAAGAGAAAUUUCCAAGCGUGACACUCAAAUAUCUAAACUUCAGGACACAAGGAUGAUGACAUUUAAAGCCAUUGCUCAGGUGUUUAUCCUGGGCUGUACUUGGAUUUUUGGAUUGUUGCAGAUUCCAGGGGACCCCGGUGUGAUGCUCUAUAUAUUCACCAUCUUCAACAGUUUCCAGGGCACCUUCAUCUUCAUCCUCCUGUGUGUGUUAAAUCCCAAGGUGAGGGCCGAGUAUCGGAAAUGGUUUGCCAGGAUGCGUAAGGCAAAUUACACGAUGGCUUCACAGGACAAUAAUGUCAACACAAUGACAACUGUGUCGAGCUCACAUCAAUGAUGAAGCUGCUCUUGUCACUGGCUGUGUGCUAUAGAUCUAAUGGAUGAAGAAGUGAAGACCAUCAUCAUCUUUGCUGCAGCGAUGAAUAUUUUGUUCUUGUUGUCUUUGGUCUGGUAUGUGAUAGUUGUGGUUCUGGACUUACAGAUAAGGCUGGAGGUGAUACUAUUAAAAACUGUAUGUUU